AUGCUCUCCCUCAGCUCGGCCCUGGGCCAGAUGAAGGCCAACACGAUGCAGUUCCUCAGCCCCGCCUCUUCUCCCGAACGCGCAUCUGCCGCUCCGCCCAACAGCGGCGUCCGCUCUACCACCACCGACGUCGACCCUCUGAUUUCUUCGAUACAGGACGACGCGGCCGCCCUCACCCCGCUCCCACGCUCCCAGUCGGCUUCUUCGAUCUCGACGUCCACACCGGCUCAGACAGACGUUUGUCGGCCCAGCACCACCACGCCGCGGCGCGCCACGGCACAGCUCACCAAGCUCCAGCAGCGCCUCCUCUACGACUCGGAUUCGGACUCGUCGCUCGACAUCUCGUUUGACAGCCCCGGGUCUUCGGACAGCCACAGCAGCUGUCGCUCCUCGGGCUCCGACUACAGCGACCCUCCGUCGAGCGCAACGAGCAGCAGCGGUCGCGAAUCCUGCCUUUCCAAGGGGCGCACCGACACCGGUAGCGCGAGCGGUGACGCCAAGACUGGCAGCACAUCACGCCGGCCCCACCUGAGAUCCUCGAUCGCGGUGCAGAGGGUGCUCCUCGGCGGCAGGCACGGCACCGACUCGUCUCACUCGGGGCCUUCCUCAUCGUCGUCGUCAUCGGCCAGCUCAUCGGCGCGGUCGAGCUACCGAAAGAGCCGCAGCAGCCAGGGCAGCAGCGCCGCAAAGAAGCACGGGGGCACCUUCCUGGCGGAUCCCAUUGAUUUCCCACUGCCUCCGUCGUCACUCACGGCGCAGACCUCGAGUCGAGACUCGCUGCAGGGCGGCCGCCGCGACAGCAAGCCGAGGACAUCCCGUCUCUACCUUUCGUCCUUUGACGAAGACGAGGAGGACGAUACCCGCAGCGAUCCAGACGCAGCCAGCGACGGUGAGGACGAGCCGGCGCAGGACAUGAAGGCCUUCCUCAGAGGGCUGGGCAAGAAGCGGUCGCCUACGACGCUUGGCGGGGAGGGCCGCGGUCGAGGGCAAGUCGGACCGCCCGAGAGGUCUCGGACUGCACUGCCCAGCUUGCCCGCGCCCGUCGAGAGCCCAACGAGCUACAAGUUCCUCGACAGAGAUGCGGACAGCGGCCGGCCGCUCGCAUCCCGAGAGGGUGGACGGGGAACCGCGACGAUGCCGGCAGCAGCAGCGACGACGACGAUACGCACCACGUCGCCCUCGCCUGCCCUCUCGUCUUCGGCGACCAUCUCGUCGGCGACAGCUUCCGUCUCGACAGCACCGACCUCGCAGCCUCCUUCGCCCACGUACCGCAAGGACCUGCCUGCCUCGCCGUCCGGCAGCACGCUCCACGCAUCGCCCUCGUCGUCGUCACUGUCGUCGUCGCUGUCGUCGUCGUCGCUUUCUGCAUCCUCGCCGUCAUCGCCGCGCGGCAACAAGAUCCGACCGCUGCAGACGCUCCGGCAGCGCACGCAAACGGGCACGAGCAUGCGCUACCUGCACUCGCAGCAACCGGCGGCCGCCCGGGAAGGGCAUGGCGCCUGCGAGGGCGACGACGGCGCGGCGUCGUUUCUCGACCUGUCGACGUCUGCUACGGCGUCAUUGAGGGGCUCAGCGACGACGCAGGCCGCGCCGCCCCCCACGCCGCCACCCAGACAGCCUCUGCUGCUACCGCCGGAUCUCGAGAGGGACGUCGAGCAGCUCAAAAAGGACGCACGCUCCCUCAUCGCGGAUAUACAGGCGCUCAGCUUCGGCAUCGAGACGCGCGACAACGAGUGGGAAAACACCGAGGUCACCUACCGCGGCACCUGGUCCGCCCUCGAUGCCUUCUUCUGGCGGUCGUUGGAGUACGACGCCACGUAG